UCGACAUUCAUAAAUUUGUUUAUGGUAAAAAACUUUUAAAGUGUAAUAUGUAUGAAGCAUUUAUUAGAAUAACAUUAUAAGAUUUUUUCACGGCAAAUCCAUUUUAUUAAAUUUAGACAAGCUUUCGGUGGUAACAAUUCUUUAACAGUUAGUCUUCUUAAUUUCUUGGUAUUCACCGGUGUAUGUCGACCACAUGAUAUGCGUUUUGAUACUCUAAUUAAUCUGUGUUCUUUAUUAGUUUUGCCCUUUUCUGAGAAAAAGUGAUUCUAGCACUAAAAAUUGCUAACUCCUUAAAGUUGCAAAAUGUGAUUAAUAUAGGUAAAAGUACAAUGAAAAGGAUACAGGUGAUAAAACUGUGCAACUCUCUCAUAAAUUAAUCAAUAAUACCUUUCAAUAAAACGUAAGAUAUCAACGUUUUUUUAUUGAAAACGACGCACCACCUAGCUUUCAUCAUAAAUUCAUUUCAAUGUAAUAUUUCAAACUUUUUAUGUGCAUCUUUUGUUCCGAUUUCGUUUGUACCUUCCGCAGCUGCUUCUUUGAAUAUAUAUAUUUUUUUAAUUUAAUUUGAUAUAUAUACAUAAGCUGCAUAACGCACAUACAUCACCUUUGACUUAAGAAAGGUCAACAGAAAGGACAUACAUUUAAGAAUGAUAAAUAAUUCGUCAAAUUUUUCAUCAUGCGAUUGGCUUAUUGUCGAAAUUAUAGGUAUUGCUGACGUAAGCAACACAGAAAAAUGGGUCUUGUUUGGUGCUUAUGUUUUAGUGUCGAUGUUGAUAGUUUUUCUUAAUGCAGUAUUGAUUACAAAGUUGUUGAAGCGAAAAAGAGCAAAGAGUGAUAAUCUCUUUCUUAUAUUAUCCAUAUCUGAUUUUUUUGUUGGUGCUGUUUCAUUGCCAGUACAGUCGAUAGAAUUUGUAGUAGAACCUCAAGUAAACUGCUUAAUUCAUCCGUUGAUUGAAUUUUUCACAUUUUUUCUAUUUUCAUUUUCGUGGGUUUUGACAGUUCUAAUAUCUAUGGACAGAUAUGUUGCCAUUUUAGUUCCACGUGUUCACAGAUUUUGCAAGAAGACGAAUUUCACCUACAAGUUGUUAAUUUUUGUGUUCCUUGCAUGUACCGUUUAUGGUGCCGUUAUAAGUUGGAAGAAAAAAAUACUUCAAAUGUCAAUUCAGCCAAAGAGUCAUUUCAAUAUCCUAUAUUUGUUAGUCGCUGCGAGACUUCCGAUACCAUAUGGCACUCAUCACACUAAAAUGAUGUUGUUGUUGUAUACAAACGGAUUACGUAUUGUAAUUCACACAGCCACCUUGGUGGAGAAUGAUUGGUUUCAAAAGACGCAGGGUGUUUGGAUAAGUUCAAAUUUUACAAAAUUGUCAAAACUCGAAUCAUUCUUCCUUGUAGGUAAAUUUUUAGAUUUAAUUUUAAUACAAAAGUUCCAUCAAGCAAAGUGACAACGAAUUAAUAGCUAUUAAAUGUUGUGUUUUUUAAAAAUGAAAUUUGUGUUGAAUAUGUGAUUCGAACAUUAGAUCACAUCAAGUAGUGAUCUGGUUUCCAUUCAUUAUUUUGUUGUUUUUGUGCACCCACAUAUAUGCCAAUUGAAGAGUGUUUAAAAUUUACUAGCCGCAUUAUUUAGCAUGCUGGUGCAGUCAGAGUUCAAGAAAAUUUAGAAAAAGUGUUCAUACCUGAGUCCAUAUCAAUUAGCACAUUUGUAUUUGACAAAGAUAUGGGGAAUUUAAAAGGUAAUUUAUGACGUCACCACCAGGCGAUUCCAAAACGUUACCUAGCUUUAUGGAGUUAGUGCUAUUUUGGUUCCAGGAGAUUGGGAGUUGUCACCAGUUAUUUUUACCUGUAUUUGAGUUAUUUAGGCUCAACUCAUAAGUGCCAUGGAAUGGCUUCGCUGAAGGACUGUUAGUCUAAUGCAUUGCCGUUAGGCCACAUUAUCAAAAGAAUUAACAAACGGACAUAUUUUUUCAGCUAUUUAAAAGAAAAUAAACUCAUCCACCUUGGCCGUGCAUACACACAGAGCAUAUUGAUAUACGAUAAAAUCUUGAAAAAAGUGUUUGUUUAAUUUCUUUGCUGCAGCCGAAGCUAAAUGCUAUAUUAAAGGAAUUGCAAAACUACAAGACAGGAAUUGCAUUUAAUUAUUACCUUUAGAUUUUUUUAAGGAAAAAGUGUGCAGAAUUCAAUAACGUUAAUUAUCGUUAAUUGAGGCAAAUUAUUAAAAUGCACCUGCAGGUGGAGCGAAGGAUGGAAUAACUGACAAAAUGAUUU